CCGGUCCAACUUUGAGAAUUUCAUAAACCCUAAUGACUUGUUCAAAUUUCCGGUGCACGAAGACAGCAGAGGCGAAAGAAGGAAAGAACGAGCGAGCGAGCGAGGGAGAGAUGGGGAAGCGGAUGAGGCGAGGCAGCCGGUCCCCAACGUCCUCCUUCUCCGUCCUCAGCCAUUCGGUCCUCCUCCGCCGCAUCGCCUCCUCGAAUCUCCCUUCGGACCCCUCCUCCCUCGACGUCGACGCCGUCGUCCACCACCUCCGCUCCCACUAUCCUGACUACGCCCGCAUCAAGCUCCAGCCCUUCACCCUCCGCGUACAGCGCACCAUCGACUCCCUCCGCCGCCGCCCCACCGCCGACGACGAUGCACCCCCCUCUAGUGAGAGGCCCGGCCGCUCCGACCUCUCCGAGCAGCGGCUGCUCCGGUCGGAGUCCGAUUCCUUCGACGACUCGACCUCCACCUCGGACGACUGCGCCUUCCAGGCCAAGAUGGGGCCGGAGUUCGAUUUAACGAAGUCGCUGCUCCGCGAUAGCUACGGCAAGCGGGCGAAGCCGAGGAACGGGAAGGAGGAUAACAUGGAGAUUGAGGCGGCUGCGGAUAAGCCGAGGAAUGUGGAAUUGGUUGAUAGGGGUGGAGGAGGUAGUGGGGUCGAGACCCCUGUGGUUGAGAAGGGGAGGGGUGGCGGAGGUGAGGUAGAUGAUGGGGAGGAAGGGAGGCAGGGGCCAAGGUUUCGGGAUCUCGGUGGGAUGAAAAGGGUGCUGGAGGAACUGAUGAUGGAGGUGAUUGUGCCGCUGUGCCAUCCGCAGCUGCCCAAGUGGCUAGGGGUGAGGCCAAUGGCCGGGAUUCUAUUGCACGGUCCGCCUGGGUGUGGCAAGACAAAGCUUGCGCAUGCCAUCGCCAAUGAGACCGGUGUUCCUUUCUAUAAGAUCUCUGCUACCGAAGUGGUCUCCGGUGUCUCUGGUGCUUCAGAAGAAAAUAUACGUGACCUUUUCAAGAAGGCAUACAGAACUGCCCCUUCAAUUGUUUUCAUUGAUGAGAUAGAUGCCAUUGCUUCCAAGAGGGAAAACCUGCAGAGGGAGAUGGAACGCCGGAUAGUUACGCAAUUAAUGACUUGCAUGGAUGAGGCCCACCAGACACUUAGAUCAAGCGAUGCUAAUUUGGAGUCAGAAGCAUCUGAGAAAAAAGCUGGCUAUGUUCUUGUAAUUGGAGCCACAAAUAGACCAGAUGCGGUGGACCAAGCAUUAAGAAGGCCUGGGCGGUUUGACCGAGAGAUCAUUUUGGGUGUCCCUGAUGAAAAUGCACGGGUUGAGAUUUUGUCAGUACUUACUCGCAACCUUAGACUUGAGGGUGAAUUUAACCUCUUCAAAAUAGCAAGGUCCACACCAGGUUUUGUUGGAGCUGAUUUGGAAGCAUUAGUGAAUAAAGCGGGAAACCUGGCAAUGAAGAGAAUAAUAGAUAGAAGAAAAUCUCGACUUUCUUCUGAGCUUAAAAACAAGAACACUGAGGACUGGUGGAGGCAACCUUGGGCCCCUGAAGAAAUGGAGAGCCUUAGUAUUACAAUGGCUGAUUUCGAGGAAGCAGCUAAACUGGUUCAACCAUCUUCCAGAAGAGAAGGAUUUUCCUCGAUACCUAAUGUUAAGUGGGAGGACGUUGGUGGUCUUAACUCAUUGAGGAGAGAGUUUGAUCGUUAUGUUGUUCAACGAAUAAAACACCCUGAGAAAUAUGAGGAAUUUGGAGUGAACUUGGAGGCUGGGAUUUUGCUUUUUGGGCCUCCUGGUUGUGGCAAAACAUUGAUUGCCAAGGGUGUAGCAAAUGAGGCAGGGGCAAGUUUUAUACAUAUCAAGGGGCCUGAACUUUUGAACAAGUACGUUGGUGAGAGCGAGCUGGCAGUUAGAACAAUUUUCAGCCGUGCCCGAACAUGCUCUCCAUGUAUACUGUUUUUUGAUGAGGUGGAUGCUUUGACAACUAAACGAGGAAAAGAUGGAGGGUGGGUUGUUGAACGUCUCCUAAACCAGCUACUUAUUGAGCUAGAUGGUGCUGAUCAGCGACAGGGUGUUUAUGUCAUCGGAGCUACGAACAGACUUGAGGUAAUGGACCCUGCUGUACUUAGGCCAGGCAGAUUCGGGAAGGUUCUUUAUGUUCCACUACCUUGUGCCGAUGAGCGUGGAUUAAUUCUCAAGGCACUUGCACGAAAGAAGCCUAUUUCUGCUGAUGUAGACUUAGAUGCCCUAGCCCAUAGAGAGGCAUGCAACAAUCUCACUGGGGCUGAUCUGGCUGCUUUGAUGAAUGAAGCUGCCAUGGCUGCCUUGGAAGAGAAGCAGAAUUCUAUAGAUCAAGGAACUGCAAGUAGUGAUCCAUGGAAUAUUAAGAUAUCACAUUUUGAGCAAGCUUUGCAGAAAAUCACACCAUCUGUCUCAGAGAAGGAAAGGAUCUACUAUGAGACCUUAUCCCAAACCUUCAGAGCAGCUUGAAAAUACUCAUGUUUCACUCUUUAGUUGAUAUAGCAUGGAAACCAGCCUGCAGUCUCAGAACCUCACAAAUCUAUCUUGCAACAUAGCAGGAUGAUCAAGGGGUCAGUCAAAGUGUAUUUGCUUAAUCUUGGUUUUGCUAUUCUUCACACCUGGCUAUUUUGAUGAUUCGGUAGAAAGCUGCAGAGAAGCUGCUCAGCAUGUUGGUAGAAGUUUGUUCAACCCUACCCAUUCUCGAUGAAGACCCGAGUGGAGUUUAUGGUCUACUUAUCUAAGUUUGAUUGCUUCCAAUCGGAAAUAUUGAGAUAACCAAUUGCGGAGCCUACAAUUUUGCCUGUUUCAGAGUUUUCAUUCCCAUGUAUUUUUCUACGGUGGUUUCCGUUUUUUAUGUAUUUUAAACAGGAGGUUUGUAUUAAUAAUGCAAUUUAUUUGUGGCAAUAUUAAUAGAGCCGCCAAUUUUUGACCAAUA